AUGACAUCAUUACAGAAAGUGAACGAGCCAUACUACGAUAAUAAUCCCCACCAAAGUCCCACAUAUUACAAUAACAAUCAAUUAUCACCUACUGCUACAGCACCGCACGAGCCCAGUCACACACCAUCAUCCACAUCAACUACCCCUUACUAUGAUUCCGUUCCUCCUCCUCCUCCACAACAACAACAACAACAACUGGCACAAUCUCCCCAACAGGAAGCAUACUACUAUCAGCAAGAACAACCAGAACCAGAACCAGAAACCGAGACUGUCGAACAGCCAUUCUAUGUCAAUGCCAAACAAUACCAUCGCAUUUUGAAGAGACGUAUAGCUCGGGCUAAGUUGGAGGAGAACUUGAAGAUCGCUAGAAAGAGGAAGCCUUACUUGCACGAGUCACGACAUAAGCACGCCAUGAGAAGACCAAGAGGUCAAGGUGGGAGGUUUUUGACCGCUGCCGAAAUCGCAGAAAAGGAACGGUUGGAAAAGUUGCAGGAGUUGAAUGAAAAAGAGACCAAGCACGAGAAUAGCGAAGACGCUAAACAGGAAAAGAACGAGGAUGAGAUACCUCUGAAUGGUUCAAACGAAACCACCACUACUCAAUAA